AUGAAACGAUCAGAGCCUACAUUAAAAUUAUUUGGUUGGUGGUUCGUUUCUAAAAAAGAAUUUAUCAAAAAAGCUGAUGCUGAAGCUGCUCAUGAAAAUGCACCUUAUAUUGAAACUGAAAUAGAGCCCGAUUCAGAAGAGGCAGCAAAAAGGAAAAAAAAAAAGAAAAUCGGUUUUAGAGAUAGAAAGAUAACUGAAUAUGAAAAUCGUAUGAGAAUGUAUUCGACUCCUGAUAAAAUAUUCAGAUACUUUGCAACCGUUAAAAUGUUUGAAGGAGAGUUUGCAGAAGUAUUUAUGACACCCUCUGAUUUUUUAAGAUCUAUUACACCAGGAGAUAAGCAACCAGAUGGUCAACAAUAUUCUACUCCUGAUAAAGUUUUUCGUUAUUUUGCAACUCUUCAAGUUGCACAUCCGGGAGUUCAUCUUGAUCAGCAUGAAAUAUUUAUGACUCCUGAUGAUUUCUUAAGAUCAAUGACGCCUGGUCUAAAACAACCUGAGGGUCUCGGUUUAGAUCAAUUUAGAAAAUAUGAUCCAAAGGAUUUGAAUCUUAAAUUGGAAUUGGCACUAGACGAAGAUAGUAUUUUUUACAAAUUGGGUAGUUCGGGACUCAUAACAUUUUCCGAUUACAUAUUUUUACUCACGGUACUUUCGACAUCGGGACGUCAUUUCGAAAUCGCAUUUAGAAUGUUCGAUUUGAACGGAGAUGGCGAUGUGGACAGCGAAGAAUUCGAAAAAGUGGCCACGUUGAUACGUCAUCAAACAUCUAUAGGUUCGAGGCACAGAGACCACGCAAAUACCGGAAAUACUUUUAAGGGUGUCAAUUCGGCUCUCGUGACUUUUUUUUUCGGACCCGGAAAAGAUCAAAAAUUGACGAUUGAAAAAUUUAUAGAAUUUCAACAACAGCUUCAAUGUGAAAUAUUAAGUCUCGAAUUUCAAAGGAAAAAUCCAGAUGAAAAUGGUAGAAUAACGGAAACGGAUUUCACGGAACUUUUGUUGGCAUACGCUGGAUAUCCGCAAAAGAAAAAAGCGAGAAUGUUGAAAAGAGUGAGAAAAGAAUUCAAAGAAAACAGUUUGGGAAUAUCAAAAGAAGAUUAUUUGAAAUUUUUUCACUUUCUUAAUAAUAUAAACGACGUGGACACGGCUUUGACUUUUUAUCACAUCGCCGGUGCUUCCAUAGAUCAGGCCACGUUGAAACACGUGGCGAAAACUGUCGCACACGUGGAUUUAUCAGAUCACGUCAUCAACGUUGUUUUCACAAUAUUUGACGAGAACCUUGACGGUCAGCUAAGCAAUAAAGAAUUUGUAGCCGUAAUGAAAAAUAGAUUGUUAAGAGGGCUGGAAAAACCUAAAGAUACAGGAUUCGUUAAACUUAUUCAAAGCAUGAUAAAAUGCGCGAAAGAAACUAAACCUGUUUUGUUAGACAUGUAA